AACAGGGCGGUGGAGUGUCGGCUGCUGUUUGGCGCGUGUGUGCAAAGGAUAUUGUGUGUGCGAGAUAACUUAAAAUGAGGAAAGUGGAUAAAAAUAAGUUGGUUGUGAUUGCUUCUAUCCUUUUGGAGGAGUUCGAAGAGGACGAUGAUGUCCUUUCGGUAAUCGGAACGCGACGAAAUGCUACGAACUCUGUCGCAACGUCCCUGAUUAAAGAAAGGAGGAAGCACUUUAGGUUAGGCCAGUUGUACAAGAAUGACUUAAAUUGGAUAGAUCGGUAUCUGGACAGUGAUUUCCACCGACGAUUUAGGAUGAAGAAGGAAACAUACAGAGCUCUUGUAGAAGUAAUUCGGCCUCAUUAUCCCGUCAAAGAACAUCGUGGUGAUGCUCAGGUGGUCGACGUUGAACGUGCAGUGAUUAUGACCCUUCAUUAUUUAGGACAAGAAGUUUCAAUGGACUAUGUUGGUGACAAGUAUGGUUUCACAGGGUCGACUGUGCACAAAGAAGUCCACAGGAUAGUGGCAAUUCUAUGCAGCUUGAAGAGCACUUUUAUUGUGUGGCCCACCGGAGAUGAGUGCCACAUUGUGCAACAACAGUUUCAUGAAAGGGCAGGGUUUCCAGGUGUAGUAGGUGCCAUCGACGGUUGUCACGUGGAAGUACUGGCACCAGCUGCUGAUCAAGAUUCUUACACUGAUCGGAAAUCCGAUCAUUCUAUAAUUUUGCAAGGAGUGUGCACAGCAACAAAAAUAUUUACAAAUGUGUCAGUUGGGACGCCAGGGUCAAGAAAUGAUUGCCGAGCAUUAGCCUUCUCGAGUCUGUACAGGAAAGUUACCACUGAAGGUCACAGAAGCCUCUUUUAUGAUGACAACUACCACCUUGUUGGGGACAAGGCAUAUCCCAACCGCUCAUGGCUUCUAGCUCCCUUUAAGAACUAUGGAAAUUUGACAAGGAUGCAAAGAAGGUACAAUUAUAAGCACAGUGUUACAAGAGUAGUUAUUGAACACACUUUUGGACUUUUAAAAGGUCGGUGGUGACGUCUGCUCUUCCUGACCCUCAAAGAUGUUGGCAAAGAUUCCAAUUUUGUUUUGGCAGCUUGUGUUUUGCACAAUUUUUCCUAUUUGCACAAUGAUACUGUAAUUCAGGAUAUGGCUCAGAAUGUACGGAUGCUCAAUGCUAAUGGUUUUGGUGGAGUGGCUGAUGCAGAAAGUAAGCGCAUUGGAGAUGAGAAAAGAGAUGUAAUAUGUAGAGCAUUGUGAGGUUUGUGGUACUUCACUAGAUAGUAAAUUGUGAUCCUUGUGCUAAAAUAUAAAAUUUACAGAAUAAAAUGAAUGGAUAACUGCA